AUGAAGCUGGUCACCAUGGCCCUGGCAUGCCUGCUGCUGGCUGGGCUGUGGCUUCGGGAUGCGGACAGCAGGAGCAUGCAUGUGUCAUCCUCCAACUGUUGCUUCGUCUUUGCGGAGAAAAGGAUUCCCCAGCAUAUAAUCCAGUGUUACAAACCCACCAGCUCUACCUGCUUCCACAAGGGUCUAAUAAUCAAGCUGAAGGGCGGCCGAGAGACGUGUGUCUCAGACUCAGCCGCAUGGGUUAAGCGUCAUUUAAAAACUGCGAAACCGUGCCGGGUGAAGUGA